AUGCCCUCCCGUAGCUCUCAACCGAAAGCUGCCCUCUCCGACUACAAGGCUAUUGCGGCACAGUAUGCGAAGGCAAAGAGGCUGAAGGAACUUGAAGAUGCCAAAAAUAACCAACGAAGUCUCCCCACCGAACCCGCGCCGUCAGGCAUAGCUGAAAAGCAGCGCCAGGCCCUCGAGGCUCGCCGGAAGGCUACUUUCGAGAAGCGCUUCCAAUGGACCGUUGGCUUCUGGGUUUGGAUGCUUUGUAUCCAUGUCAUUAGCAUAUUUUUAUUCACCAGCGGCUUUCUCCUGACCCGCCUAGUCCUCGAUGAGCGCUCCAACUGUGCAAACCCACCAAUACAGCCAUUGCUUUCAUGGAAGGGGCAGGGCUCCGUGGAUGGGGGCUGCUGGCAUCCCAAGACCUUUGACAAGGCCGUAGUGGUCUUGAUUGACGCACUGCGUUACGACUUCACCGUGCCAGUUGAGGAUGAAAGCAAGGCUGAGGGGUUUCACAAUGCCUUUCCCUUUCUCUACGAGUCGUCAGUAAAGUCACCCAACAAUGCCUUCCUGCUGCCCUUCAUCGCGGACCCGCCAACUGCCACGCUACAGCGACUAAAGGGCCUAACAACGGGCACUUUGCCAACAUUCGUUGAUGUGGGCAGUAGCUUUGGUGGCACCGCUAUUGAUGAAGACAAUCUCUUACUGCAAUUGCGAGGACUAGGAAAGCGAAUAGUUCACUUGGGUGACGACACAUGGACCGCACUAUUCCCAGGAUACUUCCAACCGAACAUCAGCAGGGCAUACGAUAGCUUCAAUGUGUGGGACUUGCACACGGUUGAUAAUGGUGUACUUGAGCACAUAUUUCCCCUGAUGAAACCCGAAAAACAAGGAGAAUGGGACUUCCUCAUCGGCCAUUUACUCGGAGUAGACCAUGCCGGCCACCGAUAUGGCCCCAACCAUGCUGCUAUGACUGCCAAGCUUGUGCAGAUGGACCAGUUCAUUCGAAACCUGACAGAAACCAUCGAUGAUAAUACCUUGUUGGUGGUAAUGGGUGACCACGGAAUGGACGGCAAGGGUGACCACGGAGGAGAGAGUGACGAUGAAGUGGAAGCAGCUCUAUGGAUGUACUCCAAGAGACCACUGUUUGGUCGGACCAAGCCCGAGUUUGUCACACCGCCUGCAACUGCGAAGGUUCGACCUGUCAACCAAAUUGAUCUGGUUCCUACAUUGGCUCUUUUGUUGGGGUUGCCAAUCCCAUACAAUAACCUCGGCCGGCCCAUAGAGGAGGCUUUCGCUGGGAAGAAAGGCAACGCAUGGGGUAAUUUGGCUGCUGUGGCAAGGAUGGCUUCGGCUGGAAUCAGAAAAUACCAGGCGUCGUAUUUUGCAGCCAGGGGCAUGGUACAGAGUGCCAAACCAGGAUCUGCCGCUGAUCUCUGGGAAAUUGCGGGUGCCGCAUCCGAGGGCCGUCCCGUACAGCAAGCAGUAUACCAUGCGUAUACUACGUAUCAGGAGGAAACAUUGAGGGUUUGCAAAGAUCUAUGGGCUCGUUUUGACAUCCCGAAGAUGAUUCUGGGCAUCACCGCCAUGGCGCUUGGUGUCAUUGUGCUGAUUGUCUAUGUCUCUAGGGAUGAAGAUGAUGAUUAUGCUGUUUUGGAUAAUGCGGAGCUAGACCUAGCUGAGAAGAACCUCGAGCUGCUGGACGGCAGUUCAGUCCCUGAGGCGGCUUCUUAUCAAGGCCUUAGCAAGAUUGUUGUGAAGUCCGGACUCCUCGGUGGACUAAUAGGUGCAGCCCUGGGCAUUGCAUAUGUGUCUUUUACCAACUCCGAGGACUGGCCCAUGGCCGUCGCAGCCGCAGCGCUCGUAAGCUUGGUUGCAGUGACUAUCACUCUAUCGGGGGCUGGGAAGAACUUGGUCAAUGUCGUACCCAACACUGUCUGGGGGUGGCUUUCGGUCGUAUUUACUCUGAGCCAGUCAAUCGGCUUUGCCUCCAACUCGUAUACCAUCUGGGAAGAUUCGAUCUCGCUGUUCUUCUUAUCGACAUUCGGGUUCACGAACGCUGUCGCCGCCCUCCGUCGGCCAACUAUCGCCGAACGCACGUUGGGUGUAUACCACUCGAUCCUGUUCCUUGCUCUCGGCCGGCUGGCUUCAUUCUCGAAAUUGUGUAGGGAAGAGCAGAUGCCCUACUGCACAUCAACUUAUUACGCCUCGGCCAAUUCAUCCACGUCGGCCUCUUGGCAACUAGUGAUACCCUUUGUCGUUUUCCUCAUUCUACCCUCUAUCAUCAAGGCGUACAUGAUGACGUCUCGCUCCUACGAGGGCCUCGCCCCUGCCUGGAUCGGCUACGUUUUCCGGAUGGGUCUCCUGCUCUCUGCAGCGUACUGGGCACUGGAUGCAGCGGACAACGGCGAUUGGAUCACCUGGCUGCCCGCGCAGACGCUGAAGACGAUCCAAGUGUCCGUCGCCCAGCUCGUCCUCGCUUUAGCCUUCGUAGCUGGCACCACAGCCUUCAUCUGGGCGCCGCCCUGCGUUUCAAUUCUCACCAAGGCGGCAUCCAAUGCUCGCACUGCCCAAAUCACGGUUUUAGGUUAUGGCAAUGUGAAUGGCGCGCGGUAUCUGCUCCUUGUCCUCAACUUCGCUGGAGCAUGUAUCCUCCUCUCGAAACCCAUGGGUAGCGGCGCCAUGGCCAUUAUGCUCUGGCAAGUCCUGUCCCUCGUUGAGAUCGUUGACCUCAAUGCUCUCACAGCCGAGACCAUCGGACCAGUCACCCUCGCUCUCCUCGGCAACUUUCACUUCUUCAAAACCGGCCACCAAGCAGCGUUUUCAUCUAUUCAGUGGGACAGCGCCUUCAUCCCGCUCUUCACGAUCCGCUACCCAUGGUCUCCCAUCGUCGUUAUACUGAACACCUUUGCCGGACAAAUUCUUGCCUGCGUUGCUGUCCCACUUGUGGUCAUAUGGAAGACGAAUCCCAAGCGCAAAGGCGUGCUGGAAAGCGUGACGCGUGCCUUGGGGGUCUUCGUUGCGUUUUAUGCCACCCAAAGCUUGGCGACCAUGGCGUGGGCUGGAUGGCUACGCCGUCAUCUCAUGCUAUUCCGGGUGUUUAGCCCACGAUUCAUGGUCGCCGCAGCUGUAUUACUCAUCGUGGACUUGGUAGGCAUCCUGGCCACGCUGACCGGUGUCAGGACUAAUGCGCUCGCGAUUAGCGAGGUGUUUGGGUGGGCCGACUGA